CGCGCUUAAAACCAUGUCCCGCUUGUUAGUUUUCUUCAGAAGCCGUUCAAAGGACGUUCCAAAUCUUCUUCGUGGGUUAGGUUCCUAUAGAAGAUUUCAGUGUCGUAGCUAUACCAGAUCACCACAAUACAACAACAAAAGGCUGGUCAAUAAUCAUUUAUUUCCCGAGAAACCUUUGGGCUCUUACUCAUGGCGUACUUAUAUUGUUCCCACAGCUCUAGUUGUAGUGAUUGCUGGAGCAGGCAUUUUUGUUCAUUAUAAUGAUGAAAGGAGAGCAGUACUAAAAGGUUCUGAGCAUGACAGAAGUACUAUUAAAGGACCCACAAUCGGAGGGCCAUUUACGUUGGUUGAUACAGAAGGCCAGUUGUUUACUGAACGUAACCUAAGAGGAAACUGGGUACUUCUCUACUUCGGUUAUACAUCUUCUCCAGAUAUUGGACCAGAGGAAGUCCAAAAAAUGGCAAUGGCCAUUGACAUAUUAGAAUCUAAACAUAACCUGAAGGUGAUGCCUGUUUUCGUAACAAUUGAUCCUCAACGGGAUUCUCCUUCGCAACUCCGGGCUUACCUUAAAGAAUUUGACCCAAGAAUAGUGGGAUUAACAGGACCAGUUUCUGGUACAAGACAGAUAGCUCAGGAGUACCGAAUUUAUUUCAAGAAGUCUGAAGAAGAUGGGGAUGAUUAUCUCAUCGAGUCUUCACACAACAUGUACCUGAUUGACCCAAACUUGGAAAUUGUAAGAUGCUUUGGGGUAGAGUAUGAUGCAGAACAACUGGCUGAAGCGACACUCAAGGAAGUGACAAGAGCCCCCAAAUAAUAAUAGCCUUCUUCAUUGAUUUACAAGCUAUCUGAUCUGACAUGAACCACAUGGUAUAAGACUCAUCAUUUCUUUGAAUGCAUUUUCUUUUACACAUGAUAGAGGAUCAGUGAGUUUAAGAUGCAGUUACAUAUUGUGAUCAUAUGUGGUGACCAUAUAGUGAUUUUUUACAUUUUCUGGGUACAGGGUAGAAUUAGUGUCAAAUGAAAUUCAAAAUGAGAAACGA